AUGAAUAAUUUAAUUAUUGUUACGUAUUUAGGGUUUCUAAUUGGAUGGUGUUCGUGUAUUCCAUUUGAUUCCUCCUAUGUGACAAGCGAUGUUUAUAAUGUUGUGAGAUAUGGUGCUGUUGGUGAUGGUGUUACUGAUGAUUCACAUUCAUUUCUUAGAGCAUGGAGAGAUGUAUGUGGAGCACGGGAAGGCAACCCAACACUCGACGUUCCUCGUGGGAAAACUUUCAUGCUCAACCCUAUCACGUUCCUGGGUCCCUGCAACUCCAAAACUAUUCACAUUCAGGUUAGAGGGAAUGUUGUUGCACCGAGAAGGAGAUGGAGAACGGGGGAUGGUUUGGGAGCAUGGAUUAGUUUCUCAAAUAUCAACGGUCUCACCAUCAACGGCGGAGGACGAAUCGACGGUCAGGGUCCUGUUUGGUGGAAAUAUUGCAAUCAAAAUUACGAAACUGCCACUCUGGAUGUGAUAGACUGUAUUGCAAUCAACACUGGGUCUUCUCGUAUUAACAUCACUGGCCACGGCAUCAGAAAUGGAGAAUACUCGAGGGUUGAAGAAGUACAAGUUCAAAAUUGCACGCUUAUAGGAACUCAAAAUGGAGCGAGAAUCAAGACUUGGCAGGGUGGAUCUGGGUAUGCUAGGAAGAUUUCUUUCAACCAAAUCAACCUUGUGGAUACGAGAAAUCCCAUCAUAAUUGACCAGUUCUAUAAUCCUAAUCUCAUAUUCCCUUGAGUCGGGAGAUGGAGUGAAAGUAAGCGACAUGACAUAACGUUCAAAGACUUCCGCGGAACAUCGGCUAAUAAAGAAGCGAUCGUGUUGAAUUGCAAUACCAAGGGAUCGGGUUGUACCAAUGUAAUCAUCGACAAUGUUAACAUCAUCGUAUCAUCGGCACCAUACCUACCAACCUUGGCCAUUUGUAACAAUGUUCACGGUUUCUCUUCUUUUGUUACUCCACCAAUUCCUUGUUUAACCUCUCCUUUACUUCCCAAUUUCUCUCAUUCUAUCCUCACGUAUUUUAUUUUGAGGGAGAAAAACAAGAUUUAUAUAUAUAUAUGA